CCGCUCCGCUGCCGUCCCACAGUUCCGUGACAUGGCGUCGCUGAGGGUCCGGCGGCUGCUGGGGCCCGGCCGGCGCUGGUUCUCAGAGACGGUGCCCGGCGCGCCACCGCCGCCCGCCAGCCCUCUCUACCCACCCGUGGUGGCGUCCAUCACGGCCAAGAGCAAAGCGGCCAAGUCGCGACGCCUGCAGCGCUUCAACCAGCGAGUGCACGCGGCGGCCACGGUGGAGGAGAAGCUGCGGCUGUACGGGAAGCUGCAGCGGCCCAAGUACACGGUGUACCCGCAGACCUUCGCUCUGAACGCCGACCGCUGGUACCGCAGUUUCACAAGAACCGUCUUAGUGCCGGGGAUGCCCCCGAGAACCGCGGCCGCGAAACGCUCGGUAGCGGCGGCAGGAGCGACCCCCGAGGCCGGCAGAACCCCGGAGCCGGGAGAGGAGGCGCCGGCGGCUGCGGAGGCACCGGGGGCUGCGGAGGCGCCGGGCGCCGCGAAAACCUCGGAGCCUGCGGCGGGAGCGGCGCCGUAUGUGGAUAUAGGCGAGCUGCGCUCUCUUGCUUGCGACGCCCUUCUCCAGGAGAGCUUCUACCAGAAAAAGAAGCGGCCGUUCCUCUACCGCGAUCAGGAUCACACUCCUGGCCCUUUCCUCACGCAGCUCGUUUCCACCCUCGCCGCUUCCCUGUCCAGUCGCAACCCACUGCUGGCUGCUUCCUCUCUCGAUCUAAACCCUGAAGUUAACUAUUACUGGCAUCAUGGUGAGGAAGUUGUUGUUCACGGACAUCGAAAGGGUAGAGUUGAUCCUGUGCGAUUCCAAAUAGAUGAUAACCCACACCUCCAGAUCCGUGUACCAAAGCAGCUUCCUGAGGUUGUACCCCUGGAGUCAGACCUUGGAGAUAUUCCUGUUAUUGAUCAUAAGCCAUCCAAAUUGCCAUUGUUUAAAAAACAGUAUGAAAAUAAGGUAUUUAUAGGAUCAAAGGUGGCAGACCCAUGCUGUUAUGGACAUACCCAGUUUCAUCUCCUUCCUGACAGACUGAAGCGGGAGAGGUUUAUAAGGGAGCGUCUUGAGGACCAGAUCGAAGUUGUUUAUCGGUCGAAUGGAAUUGCAAGUCUCUUUGCCUGGACAGCAGCACAAGCAAUGUAUCAAGGAUUCUGGAGUGAAGCAGAUGUGACCCGUCCUUUUGUAUCACAGGCAGUGGUGACUGAUGGAAAAUAUUUUGCCUUCUUUUGUUACCAGCUAAAUACUUUAGCACUAACUGCAGAAACUAUUAAAAACAACCCUCGAAAGAAUAUCUGUUGGGGUACAGACAGUAAGCCACUGUACGAUGUGGUGGAAGAUGGUAAUGUGAAAGGCUUUAAUGAUGAAAUUCUGCUUCAGUUGGUUCGUUUUCUACUAAACAGACCAAAAGAGUUGUAAAUCAUUAAAACACACGUCAAGUAUGUGCCUGAACUUCAUUGUGACUCCAUGAAGUAUGAUCUAUGCUAUGCCUUGAUUUUAGUCAGGUAUUUGUCUAGCAAACACUAUAUACAUAUUUUAUUUGGGCCUUCCUUCUCUCUUUUUUCUUUUUUAAUGUAUACUGUACACUGGGAAAUAAAUGGCUAGAAUACCUUAAAGUCUUUCG